UUGAAUAUCUCUGAUUUUAGAUCAAGAGUAAUUGUCAGCGGUGCUCCAGGAGAAACUCAUGAAUUGAGUUAUAUUGGUUAUGCAGGAGGAUUAAUCAGACAAAAUGGAAUAAGUAUUGAUGGAUCAGAUUGCGUCAUAGGAGAAGGUGCAAAUCAAAGUUCAGGAGGAAAAGGUCAAUUCGACGGAGAAUUUGGUAUUGGAGCUAAUUCUACCCCUGGAUUCUAUACAGAUACAGCAGGUGCAGGUGGUUCUGGAUGGUAUGGAGGCGGAUCUGGAUAUCAUUCUGAUGAUCGGAGCUCAGGAGGUGGUAGAAGCUCAUAUAUUUCGGGUUUCGAAGGUUGUGAAAAUAUUUCAUAUGAUUGGAGAUUUGAAAAUACAAUCAUGUUUAAUGGAAGUCAACAAUUUAUGGAACCUGAUGGCAAUAUUAGCACAUUUGGCCCUAAAGGCAGUGGUUUUUGCAUCAUCACUUGUAUUGAAGCCUUUAUUUCUUGUGAGCAUCUAUGUUUCUAUCAAAAUAACAUUCUUAUACUAUUUAUUUAUGUUUUUGUAUUAUUAAUGCCAUCUUAA